CGUCAUAAGGCUGCGCCGCGCUCCCGCAUCUGAGUCUCAGCUGAAGAAAGGACAAAGUGCCCAAACACACAGAAAAACUCCAGCUGAAGCGACUGAGAUCCAAGUGACACUAUUAUAAAGAUGGAGUUUAUUAAAGAGGAGAGUAAAGACGUGAAGAUUGAAGAAACAUUCAGAGUCAAACAAGAAGACACUGAGGAACAAACAAAUAAGAUGUUUAUUAAAGAGGAGAGUAAAGAUAUGAAGACUGAAGAAACAUUCAGAGUCAAACAAGAAGACACUGAGGAACAAACAGAUCUGAUGGUGCUGAAAGAGGACAGUCAAGAACUGAAUGAUAUGGAAGAGAAAGAUCAUUAUUUCAUAAGUGGAGAAAAGUCUUCCUCAAGAAAAAAGGCAAAAAAUACAAGAAGACACUUCUGCCAACAGUGUGGAAAGCGUUUCGUUCAAAAAGCAAGUAUUAAAAAACACAUGAGAGUUCACACAGGAGAGAAGCCUUAUGGCUGCCAACAGUGUGGAAAACAUUUCAGUCAAAAAGAUUAUCUUAAAAUACAUGUUAGAAUUCACACUGGAGAGAAGCCUUACACAUGUCCUCAUUGUGGAAAGAGUUUUACUCAACUUGGAAACUUUAGACUCCACAUGAGUGUUCACACCAGAAAGAAGCCUUACAAAUGCCAACACUGUGGAAGACGUUUCAGUCAGAAAAGAAACCUUAAUUACCACAUGACAAUUCACACUGAAGAGAGUCUUUUCACCUGCCAACAGUGUGGAACAACUUUCACUCACAAAGGAAGCUUUAACAGACACCUUAGUAUUCACAAUGUAGUGCAGCGUUACACCUGCCAACAGUGUGGAAAGAGUUUUGAUCAAGAUCAAGACCUUAAAGUCCAUAUGAAAUCUCAUAAAGAGAAAACCUACACAUGUUCUGAGUGUGGAAAGAGUCUCAGUCAAAAACGGACCUAUAGAGACCACAUGAGAAUUCAUUCUGGAGAGCAUCCCUACAGAUGCACUUCGUGUGGAAAGGGUUUCAAUAACAAACAUAACCUUGAAGAGCACAUAAGAAUUCACACUGGAGAGAAGCCUUUCACCUGCCAGCAAUGUGGAAGAAGUUUUACCCGAAAGGGAACCCUUAACAAGCACAUGAGAACUCAUACAGCAGAAAAUCCGUUUACAUGUGGUCACUGUGGAAAGGGUUUCAAAAAUAAAGCAGCACUUAUGUACCACAUGAAUUUUCACAUAUGAAAGAACUGUAAUUUAUGUCAUCAAUGUGUAAUUGUGGAAAGGUUCACAGUCUGGAAACAUCUCAAGAAUCAUUGCAGAAACAAGGCAAUCUUGUUCAAAAUACCUGAUUGUUGGAUUUAGGCCUUGCUUAUCACCUACAAUCACCUAAAGGAUUAUUAGGAAUACCAUACUAAUACUGUGUUUGACAGUUCCUUCAGAACUGCCUUAAUUUACGUGGCAUUGGUUCAACAAGGUGCUGCAAGCAUUCUUUUGAAAUGUUGGCCUAUAUUGAUAGGAUCGCAUCUUGCAGUUGAUGGAGAUUUGUGGGAUGCACAUCCAGGGCAUGAAGCUCCUGUUCCACCACAUCCCAAAGAUGCUCUAUUGGGUUGAGAUCUGGUGACUGUG